UCCGCCGUCGCUGGCCCCUCCCGCCGCGCACGGCUCCCUCGCGCCCUCUUGACGCCCGGCCCAUCCGCGCCCCCUGGGUGCCGACUCCCCACAUGGCCUGAACUUCCCCGCCCCACCCCCAGAAUCUGUGUUUCUUAGUUUUUUACGCUCGCUCUUUAGCUUGUUGGGGAGACGGGGGCGGUUCCCACUUGUGGCUUACAAGUGUCCUCGGUCUUUUAAGAAUUAAAUGGCCUGGCACAAAAGGGAAAGGGGAGAAGGAGGGAGAAGGGAAAAGACACACUCAAGCAUUUCCCCUGCUUUCUCUCUCCUUUACAGUGGUUACUCGAGGUUUUGGUCUUGCAUAUUUACAGGGACCAGGAAGUCUGUCCCUUUAUUGCUGGAGCUCCCAUUGCUCCCCGCCCCCACCUCUCCAACAUUUUACUUUUUCUUUGUACACUCCUCUGAUUCUUUCUCAUUUUGGACCUGCUGCUCUUUGCCAUUUUGUCCCGUGUUGCCAGCACAAGGCAGGUGCUGUUCAGGGUAAUUGCCAAACUAUCCCUGCUUGUCAGCAGCAGCUGUUAGUUUAUUUUAUUGUCACACGAAGAUGCCUUAGGGCUUAGGCAGAGCCAGAAGCUGAUCCACCUAACUUAGUGUUGUCUGCACUAACCAGCAGGCCUGCACAUAAGCUUUGGCCCAUCAAGCCAAACCCAGCUCCUUAGCUGUGUCAAAUGUGGGCUGUGAUAAAACCUUGAGGGUUUGAUGCCUGUCUGGGGUGCAUGUGGGGACUCCUGGUGACUGUGAUCUCCUGGCAGGCAAUAAUACAUGGCUUGUGGGCCGCUUGGCUUGGAGAAUCGCUGGUUGCACAGACCUGAUGUAUAAUGUUAGGAACACACUGGAGCUACAUAGUUCUGAGUCUCAAACUACUGUUAAAUGGGCAACUUCAGAAGAUGCUGGACUCUCCAGGUUAGAUGGCCAUCUGUCAGGGAUUCUUUCAUUGUGAUCUCUGCAUUGCAGGGGGCUAGAUGACCUUUGGGGUACCAUCCAAUUCUACGUCUUUGAUUCUGUUGGUCCACCCAGCUCUGUUAUAUUGUUAUAUUGACACCAAUAGCUCUCAACCUCUUCAGUCCCUGUGUUUGAGAACCCACAUUUUCAUUUUAUGCUACCAAUUUGUACAGGAAUAUUAUUGCUGCUGCUGCCAUUCACCAUGUUACAGAGGCCCAAUUGGCCUCCAUUAGAAGUCAGGCAUUUUGCAUUGCUGAUCCCAUGCUGCAGAACACUCUUCCAGCAGAAAUUCAGCAAGCAUCCUUCCUUUUGAUUUUUAUGUGUCUCUUUAUGCAGUUACCAUGUUUCUCCGAAAAUAAGACACUGUCUUAUAUUUAUUUUUCCUCAAAAAAACACACUGGCUUAUUUUCAGGGGAUGUCUUUUUUUCUUCUCCUCCUCUUGCCGCAGCUGGCAUUGCUGCUGCGCCUAUUACUAUGUCUUAUUUUUGGGGUAUGGCUUAUAUUCCUUGAAUGCUAUAAAAUCCUGCUAUGACUUAUUUUAUGGCUACGUCUUAUUUUCGGAGAAACAGGGUAUUGGAAUUUUUUUUUAACUCGCUAGUCAUUUUAAUGAUUGUUUUGCACAGCUCUAAUGAAGUCUUAUUGCUGUACUCCACCCUGAUAUUUCAGCAUAUAAAAGAUAGGAUAUAAUUACAUCCAUAAAUAGAAUAAGUACCGUAUGCCUUAGGCCAGGCCAUAACCCACCAGUGGGUCCUUAUGCACCUGUUGAAGCCCAAUGGUGUACACCAGUGUUUCCCAACCUUUUUCCAACCAUGACCCCAUUCUGACCUUGUUUCCUUCCUAUGGCCCCUCAUGGGCAUAGCCAAGAGGGGGCAGGGGGCAGUUGCCCCCCCAUAAGUAAAAAUCAAUGCAAAUCUGAAGUUCUGCCCCCACCCCAACAAAAGCCUGCGCCCUAACAAAAAUCCUGGCUAUCCUUUUCACCUCCUGUCCUACUGGUAGAAAGGUAGCUAUUUAACUGUUUUGUUUAAUAAUAGAACAUGAUUUGUUUAUAUUUUUUAUAAUUUAUACAAAAUACAAUUACAUAAAAUGAUAGGAACAUAAUGAAAUGUUGUUGAAGCAGAAAAACAUAGAAUCAUGGAUCUGGAAGGGACCCCAAGGAUCAUCUUUCUAGUGCAACCCCCUGCAGUGUAGGAAAGGUGUACAGGGAGUUCUGUAUAUAUGGGAGAAUUUUAAAAAGUCCUCACUGACCUGGUGCAAAAGUAUCUUAUCAUCUGAAGGAGAGCUGGCUGCCUAGAUAAAACACUAUAGCCCCCCACACCCUUACCUGGGAGUAAGGCCAACUGAAGUCAGUAGACACUUAGUUAUUUACAGCAGACGACCCCGCUCAGCUAGGCGCUGGGGUGGCUUACACCUUGCAGAGUCAGGCUCAGGCUGCCACUGGGCACAGCACUGACGGCAGCAACAAGCAGCUCCAGCUCUCCCAGCCCUACCCAUUGCUACCCCACCAUCGCACUUACCUGACCUGGGGACUUUGGAUUGCUCUACUGGUCAAAACAGGAGCCUCAGCAAUCGCCCUCUUCCACUGGAAACAAACCAGAACUGCUCCAAGAAAGCACAUACGUAUGGCAAAAAGGAGCUCUCAGCCCGGCCUCUUACCCGCAUGUGAUUGGCCAAUCCUGGGGGCCCCCAGGGGACUCUAUGGCCCCCGGUUGGGAAACACUGGUGUACACUGACAGGCAGAGGCUCUCUAGGAUUUCAGGCAGGGGCCGUUUCCAGCCCUCUCUGGAGAUGCCAGAGGUUGAAACUGGGACUUCUGCAUGCAAAGCACAUUUCCACCAAAUACUUUGGUGACCCUCGUCCUUUUAUUCCUUCCAUAAAUAGAAUCGAGUGCCCACUGCAUUUCCAUACUCUUGAUGUCACCGAAGAGUGGAGUUCAGGGUGGGGCUACAUAGGUAGGAGAGGGCUUGGUUCUUAAUGGCUAGGGGUUACUAGAAAGUAGAGUGAGCCCCUCUCCCAGUGUGUCCCUGGGUGCUCUUCUGUAACUUUCUCCCAAAGAAUGGAAUGACAACAUUGGGUGCUAGCUUGUAGUAGGGGCAAAAUCUGCCCAGAUGCCAAGUGGAUCUGGGGAGGAGGGCUUGUAGAGUGCCCUUGGAAAACAAUGGUGAGUAUUUUGCUGAGGUCUCUUUCUGUCACUAAGUGUAUGGCAAGUGGAUCGAUGACACAAGAGUAUCAAAUGCUCUCUUAAAGGAGGUUUGGUUGGCUCCAUCUGUGCCUACCUUUGGCAAGUAGCAAAAAUAUGUUUCAUCUCAUUGUGCGUUUAGAAAGCUUUUUUCAUGGAUGUUUUGUUUCAUUGUAUCACUGCUGAGCAUUAAAAUUUUACUUUACUGUAAUGGUUGUAAAUGUUUAUUGCCAUGGACAUUUAUUGUACUGCACUAAUUAUUUUAAAAUUCUAAGCUGCUUUGGUGAUUUUUCUUACAAAUGGGAAAUGGGAAGGUGCUUGGAAAUGGAUCAUAUUUAUUGCCACUUUUAUAUCUCAUUCCCCCAUCCAAGGAGCUGAAGGCAGCAUGCAUACAUCUUUUUCCUCCUCCACCAUCACCACCCUUUCUCCCAUUGUAUUCUCACAACCAUUAUGUGAAAUAGGUUACUCAAUAGGGUCUGGUUCAAGAUCACUGUUUGUUUCAUGGCUGAGUGAGGAUUUGAGCCCAGGAUCAAGAAAAGUCCUCCGUUACACCACUGCCGCUUUGGCUCAACCUUCCCUUCCUUAAUAACUAGGGCUAGGAAAAGAAAGUGAUAUUCUUAGGAGCCAACAUUGAAUUUCUAGACACAGCUCUGAUGUCUAGACACCAGUUUCUCAUUCCUAGGGAGUGCAUUGUGCACACUAAAAAUAUUUGUGUUCUAAUAGACAGGCAGGCAGACAUGCCUGUGAGAUGGGGAGCACCUGUUUUGCCGCUGUGGAUCCCCAUGGCAUGCACUCUUUUACGUGAAGACAUCCUAAUACUUCUAAAGGGUAUCUGACGAAGUGUGCAUGCACACGAAAGCUCAUACCAAAAUAAAAACUUAGUUGGUCUUUAACAGGCAUCCCCAAACUGCGGCCCUCCAGAUGUUUUGGCCUACAACUCCCAUGAUCCCUAGCUAACAGGACCAGUGGUCAGGGAUGAUGGGAAUUGUAGUCCAAAACAUCUGGAGGGGCGAAGUUUGGGGAUGUCUGGUCUUUAAGGUGCUACUGAAGGAAUUUUUUUAUUUUACUUCUAAAGGGUUUAGUUAUACUAGAACUAGCUAUUGAAAUGAUUAUAUGUGAAGAGUGUUGGUGUAACAUAAAGCUCAAGCUCCUCGUUCCAGUCUUUCCUCUAUUAUGAAGACACUAAGCAGUUUUGGGUGUGCCACUCUCAGCCCUGAAUCCGCAAUAUAUGAGUAAUGUUACUGAUCCACCUUUCAGGGCUGUUGUAAUGAUUACUAAGAGAAUCUUUGUGAAGCCUAAGGGUUCACACACUAAGGGUUGGUGUCAGUGUGUGUACCAAAUUCCUCUGGAAAUUUUAGAACUGUGAUGUUUUGCAGAUACCUAAAGAAUUGCUAUGACUACCCAGACCUAGCAUUUCCAGUUCUUCAAACCAAAGUAAUCGUUUGAUGAGAGAGCUCAACCCUCUUUGACUAUCAGUGGUUAUGGCAGGGGGAAGAAGGGGCCCUAACCGGACGUCCUACUGCCGCAAUCCUCUCUGUGAAACUGGAGCCACUGGGGGCGCUGGCCAUUCCACCAGUUCUUCAGUCACCAGCGUGCGCUCCCGUACCAGGAGUGGCUCAGGGACGGGCCUUUCCAGCCCUCCUCUGGCAACCCAGACAGUGGUUCCCCUUCAGCACUGCAAGAUCCCAGAGCUGCCCAUUGAGAGGAGCAUCUUGUUUGAACUCCAGCUCUUCUUCUGCCACCUUAUCGCCCUCUUUGUCCACUACAUCAACAUCUACAAAACAGUGUGGUGGUACCCACCAUCACACCCUCCAUCCCAUACCUCAUUGAAUUUUCAUCUCAUCGACUUCAACGUCCUGGCAGUGACAACCAUUGUUCUGGCAAGGAGGUUGAUUGGUGCUAUCGUGAAGGAGGUGAAGGAGGCUUCUCAUACUGGCAAAGUCUCUCUUCCACGCUCUGUUUUCUUGGUGAUCACUCGUUUUGCUGUCCUUACUGGGGCAGGUUGGAGUUUGUGUCGAUCCAUAAUCCACCUCUUCAGGACUUACUCACUCCUCAACCUCUUGUUCUUGUGCUAUCCGUUUGGUAUGUAUGUCCCCUUCCUGCAGCUGAACUGCGACUUCCGCAAGACUGGCCUCUUCUCCCAAGUGGCCAACAUUGGCCCCCGUGACACAGGUGAGGUCAGCUCAAGGGGCAAGGCCUACCUAUCUGUUCUCAAGGAGACCUGGAAGCAGCACACCCGGCAAUUGUAUGGCAUGGAAGCCAUGCCCACCCACGCCUGCUGUCUCUCCCCGGACCUGAUCCGCAACGAGGUGGAGUACUUGAAGAUGGACUUCAACUGGCGCAUGAAGGAGGUGCUAGUGAGCUCCAUGCUCAGCGCAUACUAUGUGGCCUUUGUGCCCGUCUGGUUUGUGAAGAAUACCCAGUAUUACGACAAGCGAUGGUCGUGUGAGCUGUUCCUCUUGGUCUCCAUAAGCACCUCUGUCAUCCUCAUGCAGCAUUUGCUGCCUGCCCGCUACUGUGACCUCCUCCACAAGGCUGCAGCCCACCUGGGCUGCUGGCAGAAGGUUGACCCAGCACUCUGCUCCAACGUACUACAGCAUCAGUGGACCGAGGAAUGCAUGUGGCCCCAGGGGGUGCUAGUGAAACACAGCAAAAAUGUGUACAAAGCCGUCGGCCACUACAACGUGGCUGUGCCUUCAGAUGUCUCCCACUUCCGGUUUCAUUUCUUUUUCAGCAAACCCCUGCGGAUCUUAAACAUCCUGAUUCUCCUCGAAGGAGCCGUCAUCUUCUAUCAGCUCUACUCGCUGAUCGUGUCAGAGAAGUGGCACCAGACCAUCUCGCUGGCCCUGAUCCUCUUCAGCAACUACUAUGCCUUCUUCAAGCUCCUGCGGGACCGACUGGUGCUGGGCAAAGCUUACUCGUACUCCGCCACCAGAGACACUGAUCAGAAGCUCAACUGAAAGCCUUGCGCAAGCAGGCAAACCAACUCUGCCACUUUGUCGGGGGCAGCCGGAGAUGCUUCUGCCGCCCUGGGCACCUGCUCCUCCCUGCUUGAGAAGGAGGCUACCCCCAAAAGGGUGCAGGAGGGCGGUGCUUGGAUGGCAAUGUGCAGCAGUCAGGCCGGCCCUGAGCUUUGUAUGUUUGUUUUUUUACACUGCUUUUUGUCUUUUUGUUUUGUUUUGUUUUUCUUUGAUAACUGAUAUGAUGAGGUAAAUAUCUUAUUUUUAUACUCCCA